AUGGAGGAGGAUGGCAAGACCAGGCAGUAUGGAGAGUGGCUCUCCUUCUAUGCCAAGAAGGAAGGGCCUAUUGUGGGCGGUGGGCCCGGGUGCGCAUGGGCGCGUUGCGGGCUGGAAGGUUCUGAAGCCCGGGAGCGGGUAGGGCCCUCCCUGGAAACAGACCGAAGCGCUGUGCGCUCUAGACCUGAGAUUACGGUACUUGCUCUAACUUUUCCACUCGGUUUCCUGCUGUUGGGUUUCUCCGGGCUAACUCGGUUUACCAGCCGUGAGCUCAGCCUGACCCCAAUCUUCGGGCCCCUGCCCCCCCGCACCGCACCGCGGCACCCCGGGCAGGGACACCUGCGAGAGGAGGCGGCCCAGCGCCAAGCUGGUCCGACUGGUUCUGAGCAGGAAGUCUCCCGCCCUGCCCCCGGGCAGCCGAUCAGCCUGGGCGCCGUCCGGGCAUCCGUCGGUCCGUCCGCAGCCCUCCGGCCGUCUCCCCGGCGCUCUCGGAAGCACGGCCCAGCCGGCCGGGGCGGAGAUCAGCGCGGCUUUGUCUGUGACGCCCACACCCCAGAGGCCGCUCCCGGGUCGACAAAUCGCAGCGCUGCGGCGCCGGGCGCACGCGGGGCUGAGAUAAGCGGCCAUGUGAUCCUACCUGGGCCGGGCAGGGCGGGCGAGCGCGGAGGAGGGGCGCGCAGCCCCAGCCUGGCCAGGCAGCGAACUCUAGAGGACGAGGAGGAGCAGGAGCGGGAGCGCCGGCGGAGGCAACGCAACCUGAGCUCCACCACCACCGACAACGAGGCUCCUGGGCUCACCCAGAACGGAGGCCAGCCCCUUGCGGAGAGACUGCUGAGUGUGGAGGAAGCAGAGGCCCCGACAGCACUGCCCCAAGCCUCCAGAGACGAGGAUGAGGACUUCCAGGCCAUCCUCAGGACGCGGCAGGAGCGGCAGCAGAGGCGGCAGGUGGUGGAGGCUGCAGAGGCUCCCAUCCGGGAGAGGCUGAAGUCCGAGGAGGGCAGGGACAGCCUGGGCACUGGGCAGCCCAGGCAGCAACCUCCAACGCCCCAGAAGGAAUUGGACACCCCGCCUCGCCGGAGACUGAGCCACGAGCAGCGAUAUCCCUGGGCCAGGGAUGAGGAGAGCUUGGUGGGCAGAGAGCCAGGAGAGGGGAAGGUCCUGGAUCCAGAGAAGGCCACAGUCUCAGAGAAAACCUGCAUUCCAGAGAAGACGUUAGCAUUCGAGAAGAGAUCAGUCUCAGAGAAAAGAUCCAUCUCCGAGGAGGUGCCCAUCCCUGAGAAUAUACCAGUGUCAGAAAAGACAAGAGUCUCGGAGAAAAGAUCCAUCUCAGAAAGGAGAGUGGUUCCAGAAAGCACAAGUGUCUCAGAGAAGACGCCCGUUCCAGAGAAAACCUCAGUGUCAGAGAAGAUAACAGUCUCAGAGAAAAGAUCCAUCUCAGAGAAGAAAUCAGUUCCAGAAAAAACAAGUGUGUCGGAGUUGACCCCACAGAAAUCGUCAAGCUCGGAAAGGAGACUGGUGUCUGAGAAAGCAUCCAUCUUUGAGAAGAUGGUGGUCUCAGAGAAGACCCCGACCGCAGAGACAAAGCUGACCCUCAAGAGGGCAGCAGCCUCUGAGCAGCCCCAGGCCCGGGAGCAGCUGGCCCCUAGCGGGGCCCAGCCCACCACUAAGGAGCAAAGAAGAAGGGCCCUCCCUGAGAAGAGCCCCUGUCCCUCUGCAGAGCCAAGAGAGCAGGGAGAGCCAGGCUCUCCAACUGCGGCUUCCCGCUUCCCGCCCUUCACACUCCAGGUGAAGAUCCCCAGCAAAGAGGAAGAAGCAGACACAGCCUCGCCCACCCAGGUCUCCUACAGCAGCUCCCUCAAACGCUCCAGCUCCAGGACCAUAUCCUUUCGGAUGAGCCCUAGGAAGGACAACUCGGAAACAACAUUAACCCGCAGUGCCAGCAUGCGGCUCCCAGCUAGCACAGCCAAAUUAGGAGAGAAGCUGGAGAGAUACCACACAGCGAUACAGAGAUCAGAAUCAGUGAAGUCUCCAGCCGCCUCCCGCACAGAGUUCUUUGUGGCUCCUGUGGGUGUAGCAGGCAAGCGCCACCUCUUUGAGAAGGAGCUGGCCAACCAGAGUCGAGUAGAACCAGCCUCUAGCCGGAAGGAGAACUUGAGGUUUUCAGGGGUUGUAACAUCAAGGCUCAACCUGUGGAUCAGCAGGACCCAGGAGUCUGGAGACCAGGACCCCCAGGAGGUGCAGAAAGAGUUGGCUGCCACCAAAAGGACCCAGUGGAGAAAGAAGUCAAACACCCCCCUGGAUGCUGAGGUGUGA